UUAUAGACUCAGAUUACCAUGAAUAAGGUUGCAGCUCUACACAAGAAGAAGAGAAAAGAUUUUAUAGGUUACUUUUUGGGAUUUGUGAUAUUUUUGUAUUGCACGGUCCAUCUUGUGUCAUUUACAGCAAAAACAACUCAGGAAACUCACUCUGCCAGGGUGCGCCGGGCUCUUGAAAAUGAGACAGAAUGCAUCUCACCACAGUCCUCCGAGUUUCCUGAAGGCUUCUUCACGGUGCAGGAGAGGAAGGAUGGAGGGCUCGUCAUUUAUUUUAUGCUCAUUUUCUACAUGCUUUUGGCUGUCGCAAUAGUCUGCGACGAUUAUUUUCUGCCAUCUUUAGAAGUGAUCAGUGAACGUCUGGGACUGUCUCAGGAUGUUGCAGGUGCCACAUUUAUGGCAGCUGGGAGUUCUGCGCCAGAACUAGUCACAGCCUUUCUGGGUGUGUUUGUGACAAAGGGAGACAUUGGGGUCAGCACCAUUGUGGGAUCAGCAGUCUACAACCUGCUAGGAAUCUGUGCUGCAUGUGGACUUUUGGCCUCUAUGGCGGGGCGUCUCACCUGUUGGCCACUGUUCAGGGACUGCCUGGCAUAUGGCAUCAGUGUUGCAGCUGUUAUUGCCAUCAUUUCUGAUAACAAGGUGUACUGGUAUGAUGCUGCCUCACUGCUGCUGGUCUAUGGCGUCUACAUCGUAGUUCUGUGCUUUGACCUUCGCAUCAGUGAGUUUGUCCUGAGGAAGCUGAGCCCUUGCUGCACCUGUCUGGGUAAAGGAUCUGGGGAAAAGACUGAGACGCGGCCUCUGAUAGGCUGGAAUGACGACACCAGCCUUCGAGUCCACAGUCGCUCCAGAACCGACAGCGGCAUCUUCCAGGACGACUCAGGAUACUCUCACCUGUCUCUGAGCCUGCAUGGCCUCAAUGAGAUUCCUGAAGAGGAUAAAAGCGUGUUUGCCGUGCCAGAGAGUGACCUGAAACGGAUCCUCUGGGUUCUCUCUCUGCCCAUCAUCACUCUGCUUUUCCUGACCAUCCCUGACUGCAGGAGAAGGUUCUGGAAGCAGUGGUUCAUGAUAACCUUCAUUAUGUCAGCGGUCUGGAUCUCAGGUUUCACAUACCUGCUGGUGUGGAUGGUCACUGUUGUCGGUGAGACCCUUGGCAUUCCUGAUACAGUUAUGGGACUCACGUUGCUUGCUGCUGGAACCAGUAUACCUGACACCGUAGCCAGUGUGAUGGUGGCCAGAGAAGGGAAAGCUGACAUGGCCAUGUCCAACAUAGUGGGCUCUAAUGUUUUCGACAUGCUCUGUCUGGGCUUGCCUUGGUUCAUCAAGACUGCCUUUGUGGAUACCAACAACCCUGUAGAGGUCAACAGCACUGGACUGGUCUUUAUUUCCUCCACACUUCUCCUUUCAAUCAUCUUCCUUUUUGUAGCCGUCCAUGUUAACGGAUGGAAACUGGACUGGAAGUUGGGACUCGUUUCUCUCAUCUGCUACAUCAUCUUUGCCACUCUGUCCAUCCUGUAUGAGUUGGGCAUUAUUGGGAAUAAUCCCCUAAGACUGUGCAGUGACUGAGAUCUGACCCCUCCAGGACUGAAGCUAUAUUGUUGUGUUUUUGGACUCUAAUAGUCCAAAAACACAACAGAAAUGUUAAGCCUCUAAAUCUUCAAAUGUCAAGACAAGGAGGCACGGUUCCACUCACAUACUUCUGAAGAUAUUGGAGCAUGGAAUAUGUGUGCAGGUCACAUCUCAGGAAGAGGAUGAUCUCUGUUAGUAGUAUAUUUCACCAAAGGUGGAAAUUUACUGAAGAUCAUUUUCUUGUUUGUGCCUGCUAAACUCCAGACUGUUACACAAUGAAGAUCUGUUAUCACAUCCUGAGAUGUCUUCCGUCUUAUUCAAGGCCCAAGAAUGGAAAAU